AUGUUCCUCUCAGCCGCCCCUCUUGCUACUACCUUCGCGGGCGCUCUAGCUUACGGGAUAACAUCCGGCCACCCAGCUCAUAUAGCCAAUUGGAGACUCUUGUUUAUCGUGGAAGGACUCCCUUCAGUCCUCGUCGCCUUUCUUGCCUAUGCAUACAUGCCUGAUUCGGCCGAUACGGCGAAGUUUUUAACUGAAGAAGAAAGACAAGUUGCUAAAAUUAGAGCCAUUCAACAGACUGGAACCGAAGGAGUAGAACGCGUGGGACAUAUCAAUUUCAAAGAAAUUUUCAUGUCGUUAAAGGAUAUUAAAACUUGGAUCCCACCUUUAAUGUACUUCAGUUGCAAUGUCUCAUUUAGUAGCUUACCCGUUUUCCUGCCCUCUAUUCUCCAGAACAUGGGAUUUACAGCCAUCAAUGCCCAGGGGCUUAGUGCCCCGCCCUAUUUUCUCUCAUUUCUCGUUUGUUGCUUUUCCACGUGGAUCGCAGACAAGACACGCCAGCGCGGUUUCAUGAUCAUCGGCCUCUCACUUCUUGCUGGCGUGGGGUAUGUCCUUCUCCUAUCCUGCAAGAGCGUUGCUGUGCGUUAUUUUGGCGUAUUCCUUGCCGCUGCCGGUGUGUUCCCAGCUAUAUCUAACAUCCUGCCUUGGACUUUGAACAACCAAGGAUCGGAUUCUAAGAGAGGUGCCGGCAUCGCGCUUCUUAACAUCAUCGGUCAAUGCGGUCCAUUACUUGGAACACGGGUGUUCCCGGCCAGUGAUGGGCCGUACUACAUUAAGGGGAUGGGUGUAUGCGCGGGGUUUAUGUUUUUCAACGCGUUCUUGGCCUUGGCCCUGCGCACGUAUCUGAGCUGGGAGAAUAAGAAAUUUGAGAAGAACGAUGAGGCGGCACGUCAGGCAGGAGCCGAUCCUAAGUCUAGUUCGAUUGGUGUGGAGAACGAAGGGUAUGGUUACAGGAAUUUCCUGUAG